AUGUUAUUAAUCAUCAGAUACUGCGGCCACGGCGACGGCUGCCACUUCGCGAACGGCGGCGCAAACGGUGCCGGCGUGGAGGGCGCCGCUGGUGCUCGGGCUUUAGUUCUGCUGUCGGGCUGCGGCUCCGUGCGGCUCCGGGCUAUUAGAAUAAGAUACUGCGGCCACGGCGACGGCUGCCACUUCGCGAAUGGCAGCGCGAACGGCGCCGGCGUGGAGGGCGCCGCUGGUGCUCGGGCUCUAGUUCUGCUGUCGGGCUGCGGCUCCGGAUACUGCGGCCACGGCGACGGCUGCCACUUCGCGAACGGCGGCGCGAACGGCGCCGGCGUGGAAGGCGCCGCUGGUGCUCGGGCUCUAGUUCUGCUGUCGGGCUGCGGCUCCGUGCGGCUGGCCCGUCCGCCCGGACGCGCGCCGCCGGCUGCGGCCCAUCACCAUCUGCACAUCGCUGGAAGUCCCAUGGUGGUGGGCAUGCUGUGGGAGGUGACGGACUUGGAAGUAGACAAGAUGGUGUCUACCCUCAUGUCUUUGUACGUGCCUUCUAACGCGCCGGUGCCUUGGCCUUCAGUUGGGAAGGCGAAAUGGAGUCAAGGAGUUUUAGACAUAGAAGUGGAGCAGAAGACACAAUUCGUUCCCGAGAGGAACCUUCUCCGCGCUAUAUCCCGUGCACGAGGUUCUACCGGCUUCGUCAUGAUCGCCAGUGCCAUGGUAGCGAGGGGAUUACCCGUCAGAGUCACGUAGGUAGGAUUUCGCGCGGUUACAAAUCUGUGAUGUCGAGACAAUAACUAAGAAAAAAGGUACAAUUAAAUGUAAACUGGCUUUACAUAGACAAAAGUAAGGAAUUAUGUUUAAUAAUUUAUUAAGGUAAGGAUAAAUAAACUGACUUUUUUAAAUGUU